AUGGUGUCUGGCCAUCCCAACUUAACUGAGAAGCGGGUAUGGUGUCUGGCUCUCACAAUACCCACUGUAACAACACUAAAGAGAUGCCCCAAACAUGCCCGGCAGAUAGCUGUAACAACCACCACAGACCAAUCACCUGUAACAACCACCACAGACCGAUCAGCUGUAACAACUACCACAGACCAAUCAGCUGUAACAACCACCACAGACCAAUCACCUGUAACAACCACCACAGACCGAUCAGCUGUAACAACUACCACAGACCAAUCAGCUGUAACAACCACCACAGACCGAUCAGCUGGAACAACCACCACAGACCAAUCACCUGUAACAACCACCACAGACCGAUCAGCUGGAACAACCACCACAGACCAAUCAGCUGUAACAACCACCACAGACCGAUCAGCUGGAACAACCACCACAGACCAAUCACCUGUAACAACCACCACAGACCGAUCAGCUGGAACAACCACCACAGACCAAUCACCUGGAACAACCACCACAGACCAAUCACCUGGAACAACCACCACAGACCAAUCACCUGGAACAACCACCACAGACCGAUCAGCUGUAACAACCACCACAGACCAAUCACCUGUAACAACCACCACAGACCGAUCAGCUGGAACAACCACCACAGACCAAUCACCUGGAACAACCACCACAGACCAAUCACCUGUAACAACCACCACAGACCGAUCAGCUGGAACAACCACCACAGACCAAUCACCUGGAACAACCACCACAGACCAAUCACCUGGAACAACCACCACAGACCGAUCAGCUGGAACAACCACCACAGACCAAUCACCUGGAACAACCACCACAGACCAAUCACCUGGAACAACCACCACAGACCGAUCAGCUGGAACAACCACCACAGACCAAUCACCUGUAACAACCACCACAGACCGAUCAGCUGGAACAACCACCACAGACCAAUCACCUGGAACAACCACCACAGACCAAUCACCUGUAACAACCACCACAGACCGAUCAGCUGGAACAACCACCACAGACCAAUCACCUGGAACAACCACCACAGACCAAUCACCUGGAACAACCACCACAGACCGAUCAGCUGGAACAACCACCACAGACCGAUCAGCUGGAACAACCACCACAGACCAAUCACCUGGAACAACCACCACAGACCGAUCAGCUGUAACAACCACCACAGACCGAUCAGCUGGAACAACCACCACAGACCACGCGUUCGUUUCCCUGUCUCUUUUUGCUGAGUGUUCCAUCUCUCGUUUUGCAGACAAAGAAUGCAGCGACCUGGACAACCCUGGCUUCGGCUACGUGGACGUGAAGGGGAAGGUGGUGGGCUCGCAGGCGAACUACAGGUGCCAGGAGGUGAGGGGUGUGGAGGGGGGGAGUGAAGGUGCCACAGGGAGCGCCAAGGGAGCUGGCUGA